CCUCCAUUGAACGACACGUGUCACCAGCUCCAAGGCCCCGCGACACUCGAUUUUCCCCUUCCGUUGUGUGUUCCUUGUCUCUCAAUCAUAAUAAAACCAAAGAAACAGAGUCUCCCCUGCAACCAAAUUCCUUUUCCCCCGUUACCUCGCCGUCGGAAUUUUCACCCUAAUCCCUUCUUCCCCUGACUCUAUCGUCAUCUCUUCUGGUCUCGUCUCGUCUCUCGCCAAUGGCGGAUUGACUGACCGGAUUUGGUCUUUGCCUUUUCUCUUGUUUCUUCUGCGUGACGAAGAUGAAACAGGAGAACAGCUGCUCUCUACCCGCUUACUUCGAAGAACACGAGUACGAAGUCGCCUCAAUUCUGCUUGACCUUCCUCUUCUAAUCGCCCGGUCCAAAUCCGUCGUUGCUUCGUCGAAUCAUUCCAUCCCGUUGUUCUGGUCCGGCAAGAGGAAGAGAUCUUCUCUCUCUCGCGGAGGCCGAAUCGAUUCCUCACCCUUAUCUCCGAGCCCGUCCCUUCAGCAGCCGACGGCGGCGGAGGACAAAAUCUCGGCGGUGAGAGGAGAACCUAAACCUAAGGUGAAAAAGGCGGACAGCCCUACCACGCCGCUUUCCCUGUCGCUGAGCGAGGCGGAAGAAUCCGGCGAGAAGCCUGCCCGCUGUAAACGGAGAGGCUCCCUCGCCGUCAGCAAAAAGUCGAGAAAGGAUUUGAUGGAGAAAGUAGCGGAAAGCGAGGAACAGGGGAAAGUUUUACAGAAGGAGAUUGAGAAUGUAACGCGUUAUUACAAAAUUUUAGAAGAGGAGAACUCAAAAUUGAAAGCCAUUGAACGACAGCUGAGGCUUGGAAAGGAAGAGGGAAGGCCUGGUUUAACAAAAGCCCAAUACGCCCAACCGAGAGCCGGUUCAUUUGCCGUGAAUGAAAAUGGAGGGGGUGAAUUGCAGAGUCGAAAGGUUUGGUUUGUGGCGCCGUGUUCGUCGAGCUGCAGCAGUAGUGGUUAUAAUAAUUAUGGUAGCGGGAUCGGGAUAGAUCUGAACAGUGAGAGUGAGAAUUUAGGUGUGUGUUUUCCGGUGGGGGAAGGGAGGUGGGAUCCGAUUUUGGGGGAUUCUUGGCGGCGGCCGAUUGAUGAUUUGGUGCUGAGGGCGGCGGCGGCGGCGGCGGCGCAGGCGAGGAAGAGAAGGGUUGAUAAGAUGAAGGAGAAAGAGCGGCGGCGGGGAUUAAAUUUUCGGGGCGGCAGUGGUGGUGGUAGUAGCAGUAGAAGGGUUAAACAAAAAGAAACCAAUCUAUCGGUCCAGGAUAUUUGGGCUGAAAAAUUGGAUUUCUUCUAGUUAUGGCCUGCUUUGUUGCGGAUUAAUCUAGUUUGGGCUGGUGAAGCUCUACCAAGUCCAUUUUUCCUGUGGAGCUUAACUCGUGAGUUUAUAAUCAAGCUCUUUCCGGGCUUAAUGAGAGCCGAACUCGAGUUGGGAAUUUGUAUGACGAGUCGAGUUCCAGUUUGAAUGGUCAAAGUUUGUGACAAAUUCGAGCUGAGCUCAAGUUAAGAAUUUUAGCUUCAAACUCGAGUUGAGCUGUCACAAAACUCGGUUCAGCUCGGCUCAUUUUCAGCCCAUGAGUC